AUGAGCGGAUCAGGAAAGUUACCCGAGUUAGCCUCAGAUGCUGUAUUAAAGCAAUCCAUUCCAGUGCCAGAAGAUUUUGUUGAAGUCAAAGGUAUAGACUACGGCAAGGACAAUGCCUACAAUAUGAGAGCCAAGGACUUGAUAAACUCUAUGAGCACCAUGGGGUUCCAAGCUUCCAACUUAUCCCAAGCUUGUGAUAUUAUUGACAAGAUGAGAACAUGGAGAGGUAAACACAAAAGUGAACUUGAAGAGCAUCAACUUACUGGAGAAUUUGAUGACCAAGGAUUUCAAAAGACGACAAUUUUUAUGGGUUACACUUCUAACUUGAUUUCAUCUGGAUUGAGAGAUACUUUAAGGUACUUGGUCCAACACAAGAUGGUCAGUGCUAUUGUUGCAACUGCUGGUGGUAUUGAGGAAGAUUUAAUUAAGGUGUUAGCCCCAACUUAUAUGGGUGAAUUCAGUUUACCAGGUAAAGGAUUACGUGACCAAGGUAUGAACAGAAUUGGUAAUUUGUUAGUUCCAAAUGACAACUAUUGUAAGUUUGAAGAAUGGAUUGUUCCAAUUCUUGAUACCUGUUUAGAAGAACAAGAAGCAGCCAUGAAAGAAUUAGGACCAGAAGGUUUAAAUGCCGACUCCGCUGCUGUAUGGACCCCAUCUAAAUUAAUUGACAGAUUAGGUAAGGAAAUUAACGAUGAAAGUUCGGUAUUGUACUGGGCUCAUAAGAACAAGAUUCCAGUUUUCUGCCCUGCUUUGACCGAUGGUUCGAUUGGUGAUAUGUUGUUCUUCCACACGUUCAAAGCUUCUCCUCAGCAAUUACGCUUAGACAUUGUUGCUGAUAUCAGAAAGAUCAACUCUAUGUCGAUGGCUGCAUCUCAAGCAGGUAUGAUUAUCUUGGGUGGUGGUUUAAUCAAACAUCACAUUUGUAAUGCAUGUUUAAUGAGAAAUGGGGCUGAUUAUGCUGUGUAUAUUAACACUGGUCAAGAAUUUGAUGGUUCUGAUGCUGGUGCUAGACCAGAUGAAGCCGUCAGUUGGGGUAAAAUUAAGGCUGAUGCUAAAUCAGUCAAGGUUUACGCUGAUGUCAGUUUGGUGUUCCCAUUAAUUGUGGCUGCAACUUUUGCAGCUGAAAAACCAAACUAG